AAAGUGAGGGAAGAGGAGGAAACAGCAAACAGCCCGAAAACGAGAGAGAGAGAGAGAGAGAGAGAGAGAGGGAAUAAGCUAAACCUAAAAGAGGAGGAGGAUAGAGAGAGAGAGAGAGAGAGAGAGAGAGAGAGAGAGAGAGAGGGGAGAAGGUGAAGAAGAGGAAAGAGAUCAAAAGUAGAAUGUUAAUAUGUUGUUUGACCUCUCAAAUCAGCAAGUAAUUGACUGCACUUAUUAUACAAGCAAGGGAAAAAGAAGAGCAGUUAUUGGAGAGAGAGAGAGAGAUUCAUCAGUCAAUCCCUCUGACUUGGUCUUAUCAAUUUCAAUCCCCAUACUUGCUUGUAUCUCAACUGGGUCUCCAUUAUUUUCAAGUUUUUGAUUGGAGGAGAAGAAACCAGAGAGAACCCAUGAAUCUUCUUCUGUUUGAGCUCUGUUUGCUGCCAUUUCUGGAACUGGGUUCUUCAUUUCAUUGAAGAUUAUCAACUGGGUUGGUGCGUUUUGGUGCAAAGCUUGGAGCUUUGGAGGUUUCUGCUUCAAUGGAUACUCCGCCGCCGGAGGAGCUUCUGAAAAAGAUCCAAGAGCUGGAAGCGGGCCAGGCCCACCUCAAGCAGGAGAUCACCAAUCUCAGGCACUCUGGGGAUGUCAAAUCAGAGCACCAGAGGGCCCACUCCGUCUCCCCGCAGCGUUCGAGGUUCUCGUCUGUGCCCAGAAGGAGAGUCACUGGGGUGGGCGGUGCGGCUGGUAGUGGAGGUCACGAUGCGGCGGCUUGGAAGAGAGGGUCUACUUCGUUUCGGCAUUCCUCACCUCUUCAGAGGGAGAGCCGCAGCCAUGAUCCUCCCACUGGAGGCAGUGGCGGUGGCGGCAGUGGAGGAAGCAGUGGCACGGGGCCUUCAGCUGUGAACUUUACUGAUAGACAGUAUCUGAACAUACUACAGUCGAUUGGGCAAUCUGUGCAUAUAUUUGAUAUCAAUGGGAUUAUAAUUUACUGGAACAGAACUGCUGAAAAUUUAUAUGGUUAUUCUGCGGCUGAGGCCCUUGGACAUAGUCCUGUUGAGCUCUUAUCAGAUCCUCAAGACUACGGUGUCGCAAACAAUAUAAUAAACCGUGUCACCAAGGGGGAGAGCUGGACUGGGCAGUUCCCUGUCAAGACCAAAACUGGGGACAGGUUUACGGCCUUUGUAACAAAUACUCCAUUCUAUGAUGAUGAUGGCACUUUUAUUGGGAUUAUUUGCGUGUCAAGUGAUAUCCGGCCUUUUCAAGAAAUGAAGAUUCCAAUGUCAGGAGGAAAGCCCCCAGAAUCAGAUUCAAGCUACAGCCGGUCUAGAGCUUGUGUUACAGCUAAACUUGGCCUUGAUCCUCAGCAGCCUCUACAAAAUGCUAUUGCAUCAAAAAUAACAAAUUUGGCGUCCAAAAUGAGCAACAAAGUAAAAUCGAGAAUUCGGGUGGGAGAAAACAACAUAGAUCACGAAGGUGAGGGCGAUUGUCAUCGUUCUGAUCAUGGUUCAAAUUGUGUUCUCUCUGAUCAUAGGGAGGAUGUGAGUUCAAGUUGUGCUACCACACCUAGAGGCGAUUUGGCCCCAUCUCCUUUUGGAGUAUUCUCCCAUAUUGAUGAGAAGUCUCCAGGAAAACCCUCCAGAGAUUCUGGCAAUGAGAGUGAAGGAAAACCUUCGAUCCAGAGGAUGAUAUCCUUGAAAGCUGAAGCAUGGAUGGGUAAGAAAGGGAUAACAUGGCCAUGGAAAGGAAAUGAGAGAGAAGAGCUAGAGACUAAGAGCACUCGUUUUGUUUGGCCUUGGUUGCCUAAUGAACAUGAGAAUGAUUCAGUUCAUCAGAGGAAUUAUUUUGGUUCAAAACCAGAAAGUCAGGUGAAUGAAAAUAACCGGACUACAAAUAAUGAGGCCUCAGGAUCCUGGACCUCCUCAUUUAAUGUUAACAGCACAAGCAGUGCCAGCAGCUGUGGAAGUACCAGCAGCAGUGCUGUGAAUAAGGUGGAUGUAGACACUGACAGCCUGGACUACGAAAUCUUGUGGGAAGACUUGAUAAUUGGAGAACAAGUUGGGCAAGGAUCAUGUGGAACCGUAUACCAUGGUCUGUGGUAUGGAUCAGAUGUUGCUGUCAAGGUAUUCUCCUGGCAAGAAUAUUCAGAAGAUGUGAUAUUUUCCUUCAGACAAGAGGUGUCUCUCAUGAAAAGGCUUCGACAUCCAAAUGUUCUGCUUUUUAUGGGAGCUGUGACUUCACCUCAGCGUCUCUGCAUUGUAACAGAGUUCCUCCCUCGUGGAAGUUUGUUUCACUUACUACAAAGGAACACAUCAAAACUAGAUUGGAGGCGACGUGUUCAUAUGGCGAUAAAUAUAGCACGAGGCAUGAAUUAUCUUCAUCAUUUCAACCCGCCUAUCAUUCAUCGAGAUCUGAAGUCUUCAAAUCUCCUUGUUGAUAAGUACUGGACUGUUAAGGUUGGUGAUUUUGGUCUUUCACGUCUUAAGCACGAUACAUUUCUCACAACCAAGACUGGGAAGGGCACGCCUCAAUGGAUGGCACCGGAAGUUCUACGUAAUGAACCCUCAGACGAGAAGUCUGAUAUAUACAGCUAUGGGGUGAUAUUGUGGGAGCUUGCUACUGAGAAGAUCCCUUGGGAUAAUCUGAACUCAAUGCAGGUGAUUGGAGCUGUAGGGUUCAUGGACCAAAGGUUAGAGAUCCCAAAGGACGUGGACCCGCAAUGGACUUGUUUAAUUGAGAGCUGCUGGCAGAGUGAUGCAGCUUCCAGGCCAACAUUUCAAGAACUGCUGGAGAAGCUCAGAGACCUGGAGAGACAAUACACUCUUCAGUUCCAAGCAGCGCGUGCCGCCGCGGGUGAUAACACCCCGAAAGAAUUGUAGCCCCUCUCGCCUGAGCUCUGUGUGCAUUAGGGUUUUCACCACUUCCAUCUCUCCUACCAAAUUGUGGAUGAAUUACAGCAGUGACAAAAUUGGCAAUGAGCUACAGACAUCCCACAAACGGCAUGUCGUAUUGGAGCCACAGAGUUGGAAAGUCAGAUGGCAGAAACGGCAUGGCGUAUUAGACUGGUUGAUUGGUGGGUGUAGUGCGACAGGGAGAGUCAUGUCGAUUGGAUUGGAUGACAUGAUAAUAUGUCACCAGUUUUUGUGAUUUAUAAAAAAUGUUGUACAAAAUAUGAGAAAAAGAAAAGAAAAGAAAAGAAAAGAAAAGGGUAAAAAUACUUGGCAGUGAGUUAUUCCUUUGAGUAAGUAGAGUGAUAAAUCUCUCCUUGCAUUA